AUCCCAGAAAUUAGGGUUCUUGCUCUAGGUAAUAAAAAUAUCCCCAAGUUCUUUUAGUCCAUGGCUCUGCCCGGGGCGCCACGCGAUGGCUCUUCGCCGAUGCCGGCCGUCCAGAUCGAUGUCUGGAGCGAUAUUUCGUGCCCAUGGUGCUAUGUCGGCAAGGUUCGCUUGGAUCGUGCCAUAAAGAAUGUUGAAUCGGCUGCUGGAGGGGCAAAGAUUGCGUCGGUGAAAUGGCAUCCAUACAUUAUUGAUCACAGCACCAAUCCCUCUGGAGAGGAGUAUCUGGCUUAUAAUCGAAGGAGAUGGGGCUCGGAUUCCUGGACUACUUCUUUGAGAAGGUCAGGUGCCAAGGAUGGGGCUGUAUUUGAGAAUUGGAAGUGGUGGCCGAAUUCUUUGCAUGGACACAGGCUUGUGAGGUUGGCGGACACUGUAGGCAAAGCUGCCGAGGCAGAACAGCUUCUUUUCACGCUGACUUACGAAGAAGGCCAGAAUAUAUCGGAUUUGGAGGUCCUGAAAUCGGCUGGAGAAAAGCUCGGCUUGCCAAACGUUCGCGAGUAUCUGGAAUCUGGAGAAGGAAAACGCGAAGUUCUCGAAGACGAUAAGCUUGCAAAGGGAAAGAUGGGCUUGCAUUCGGUUCCGUCAUUUCUCUUCAACGGAAAGUUCUCGUGCUCCGGAGCAAUGGAUACAAAAUCAUUCGAAGCGACCAUCAUGAAAGCCAUGAACGGCACAAUCUAAGAGAAACAACUCGUUAUUCUGGAUAUAUAUUGUCUAAUACAAGCUGUGUACAUUUUUGCAAGAAUGGCGUUCGAACUAAAGGCAAUUUGAUCACCA